AUGUCCUACUAUCCACCUUACUCGGGCCCGCCCGGGUACCCUCCGCAGCAAUAUUCCUAUCCUCCGCAGCAGCAGAGCUAUGGCUCCCCGCCGCAAUAUCAGCAGCCACAGAUGAACCCUCACCACUCACACCACCACUCGUCCUACGGGGGCGGUGGUUACCCCGGCCAGGCUUAUCGCCAACAGCAGCCUCCCAGCAACCCUUACCAAUACAAUCAGCCCUCUCCUCAGCCGUACCAAGGAUCGCAACCCCCCCAGAAUGGUUAUAAUGGUGGCUAUCCCGCUGCCAGCCAAGGCCCGAUGUAUGGGGGCCGGCCAGGCAUCGCCGACGUCUACCAUAACUCCUACAACCAAGGCAACCACAGCGCCCCUGCACCUCCCCCUAGCGACCCUGUCAGCUUCGGCCAAGGCGCGCCGCAGGGCUACAACUUCCAGUACUCGCGCUGCACCGGCAAGAGAAAGGCGCUGCUGAUCGGUAUCAACUACUUCAACCAGAAGGGCCAGCUGCGCGGAUGUAUCAACGAUGUCAAGAACAUGUCCACCUACUUGAACCAGAACUUCGGAUACGCUCGCGAAGACAUGGUUGUCCUGACGGAUGAUCAACAAAACCCCAUGAGUCAACCCACCAAGGCUAACAUUCUUCGGGCUAUGCACUGGCUCGUCAAGGAUGCCCAGCCGAACGAUUCGCUCUUCUUCCACUAUUCUGGACAUGGUGGUCAGACGCCUGACCUCGACGGCGACGAAGACGACGGAUACGACGAAGUCAUCUACCCGGUCGAUUUCCGGGCUGCGGGCCACAUUGUCGACGACGAGAUGCACCGGAUUAUGGUCAAACCGCUGCAGCCGGGUGUCCGACUGACGGCUAUCUUCGAUUCCUGUCACUCAGGUUCCGCGCUCGACCUGCCCUACAUCUACUCGACCCAGGGUAUCCUCAAGGAGCCCAACUUGGCCAAGGAAGCGGGUCAGGGCCUGCUGGGUGUGGUGUCGGCUUACGCGCGUGGCGACAUGAGCAGCAUGAUGUCGACGGCCGUCGGGUUCUUCAAGAAGGCGACCAAGGGCGACGAGGCAUACGAGCGCACCAUCCAGACCAAGACCAGUCCGGCCGACGUAGUUAUGUGGUCCGGCAGCAAGGACGACCAGACCAGCCAGGACGCCCAGAUCGCCGGCCAAGCCACCGGCGCCAUGUCCUGGGCCUUUAUCAGCGCGCUUCGCAAAAACCCGCAGCAGAGUUACGUGCAGCUGCUGAACAGCAUCCGAGACGAGUUGUCCGCCAAAUAUACGCAGAAGCCGCAGCUGAGCUGCAGCCAUCCCUUGGUUGCUUUGUAA